AUGGCCUUUACGAUUCUCCUCAUUCUACACUCUGCUUCCUUGGGUUUGUAUUUUCGCCUAUCCGAUGCCUCGGUUUGGUCCAUGGGCUCCAGUGCCGCGGCGUACACUGUCCGGUUCAUCGCGGCCCUCUUCAUCUGCCUCGCCUUGUUUCUUUCCAGACGACAUCUGAAACUCACCACCGACCUAUACCUAUUGGCUACAUGUAUUGCUGAUGGUUUUCGCAUUCACACGCUGUGGGCCACUGUCAACCAGUCGGGCGAGUCUCAAGGCAUUGUGCUUGCGGCUUUGCAAACAGCCAUCAUGGUCCUCAGUGCUGCCACGCUGGUCAACUCAGAAGUCAAAGCCAGCUUAGGUCUUCAUACUAUAAGAAGGAAAGCUGGGCCGGCCCAUGUUGACGAGCCAAACAGUGGCACCCUGAGCGUGCUGUUCUUCGGUUGGCUCUGGCCGCUUCUUGCACAUGGAAGCAAGAAUCAACUCAUCACCAGCGAUACAGAGUCUUCCACAAUACGUUCUAAAGCUAUACACCAAAUGGAUGAUGACUGGAAAAAGUGUCUUGAUAAAGAAUUUCUCUCCGAGUUUGGUAUGCACUUUGCUUUCGGGGUAAUUCUUCAAAUCUUGAGCGCUGGCGCGACUAUGGCGCAGCCUUUCAUAAUCCAAGGAAUUGUAUCGUAUCUUCAAAGCGAAAAAAGAAGCCCAACCGGCACGUGGCUUAUUAUAGCUAUGGUUUUCGACCAGCUGGCAAUCAACAUCCUGGAAGCUCACGGCCACCUGGCAUUCAUCCAAUUGUCUAUCCGUACGAGGUCCUUCAUUGUGCACAAAGUGGCACUACGCUCACUUGCUCGUACCCCUCCAGCCGGCGGUUGGAGCGCGGCCAAGGGCAAAGUUAUUGUCCAUGUGACACAAGACUCGGCCGCAGUAUCCGCCGCCAUUAACAUGAUAGGAAUAAUUAUUCCCAACUUUAUCAUUGUGGCCAUUGGAUCAUGGAUACUAUUUAGAAAGAUACAGCUUGCCUUCUUAGGGCCAUUACUCGCGGCCGUAGUCUGCACGUUGAUUCCCAUCUUGUUGGGCAAGCCACUUUCCCGAAGCGAGCGAAACUUGCUGGAGGCCGCAGAACGCAGGAUAGCAACAGUGAAGCAUCUGAUUUCCGAACUCAGAGAUAUUCGAUUCGGAAAUAUGCAACAUACUGUGGAGCGCCAGGCUGCCAACGAAAGACGACAGGAAAUCAUGGCCGCAAAAACGUUUCGUCGUAUCCUCUGUGUUGUGAUCGUUGUCGCUGUGUUUCUCUCGAGUGCUGCGAUUCUGGCGGCCUUUGGCGGCUAUUCCCUCCUGCCACAGCGCCAGCUCGAUUACAGUGUACUCUUCACAUCGCUCUCGACGAUGCAAAUCAUGCUUACGCCUCUACUAUCCAUCAUCCAAAUGCUACCCAGUCUCAUUGCGUCUCUGGUUAGUUGGAAGCGCUUGCGUGCCUUUUUUGAGCAAGAAAACGAACGCGGGCAAGCUCAGGCCCGGGCCAUCACGCCAGAGAAGACGGCGACCUCGUCAAGUUUACCAGUUCUGGAGGAAGGCCUCGGCGUGAGAAUGAACAUUAUUCCACCAGUAGCCGGUGACCUGCCUUUAAGAAUGGAGAACUUGACGUCACUCUGGGCUGCUGAUUCAACAGCUGUUCAGAAUGCCAGCUUGUGUGUCGCAGCAGGGAGGUUGGCAAUCGUUGCUGGUAUCGCUGGCUCUGUGUCGCUUUGCGAUCAAAGCCUCUGGUUCCUCCCCGAAGCCUCGAUCAGGGAAAAUAUUAUCUUUGGCAAAGCUUACGACGAAGCUUUAUAUCACGCGGUUAUUACCUGCUGCUGUCUGAACCGUGACUUCAGUGCCCUGGAAGCUGGGGACGAGACGAAGCUAAGUGUCAUUGGGGCUCCUCUCAGCGGAGGACAGCGCCGACGUGUGUCACUCGCGCGUGGUUUGUAUGAAAGCGGCGAUUUGUUCCUUUUUGACGACAUCUUCAACGGUUUAGAUGCCACCACGAGAAAUACCGUUGCCACCAAUCUCUUUGGUGCUCAUGGCUUUCUCUCAGAGAGGCGCGCCGCUGGCAUCCUCUGCUGUACUACCGCUCCUUUAAUUAUGUCGUCCUUUGCAAACACUGAAUUCUAUGUCAUGGAAAGUGGUCGGCUCCGCGCGAUCGAGAAAAGCCCAUUUACAGACCAUACAAGGGAGCAUGAGGCCGCCGAGGGCUCUCGGACGGCUCAAGCUACCGAUUUUCGAGAUACUACAGGACAGAGUGACUCGACAGCCCGUCCGGACAGUGCCACGAGGGAGACUGACCCCGCUGUGGACGCAGGCGCUACAAAUGAAGCAGCCAAGAAGAGCCUGGAGGCACAUCGCAUGUACUUCAAAGCUCUGGGUUCUCCUUUCGUAAUUGCAGCCAUUUUCAUCUUUCUAUGUAUCUGGGUCGCAAUUGAAAGAGCUAGCGCAUUCUGGUUGUCGCAAUGGGCGAGCCAUGCUACCAAAAUAGGCACCGAUCUUGACACGGGCCACUAUGUGGGUAUCUACGCUGCUUUUGCUAUUACUGGGGUUCUAGCAGCAUUCAUAUCUGUUUGGAUCUUUUUCAACCAAGCUAUUCCAAACAGUAGCGUCAGUCUGCAUAAGGACAUGCUUGCGGUACUUUCAAAGACUCCCGUCUUUGACGUUGAGCAGCAUAAAUUGGAGACUGUGAAUCGUUUUACGAAUGAUAUCGAAGCUGUCGACCUGCACCUGCCGCAAUCUUUGUUCAACUUAAUCAGUGCGAUUGCGUCGGCGCUUGGCUCCCUCGUAGUCAUCGGCAUCGGUUCCCCAUUCACCCUCAUCAGCCUACCCAUUCUCCUUCCUAUCCUCUUCUUCCUCCAGAAAUUCUACUUGUGUACGUCAUUCCAGCUUCGUUCACUUCAGGUUGCUGCACAAGCGCCAAUGCUCGAAAUGGUGAGCGCCAUGUUGGAGGGCCGAACGACUAUUCUCGCGCUGAGACAAGAUCAAUACAUUGCGCGUGUCAUGUCCGAGCGUAUACAAAGGGGUCUGAAGAUUAGAUACUUGUUCCAAGCCGUGCAAACAUGGGUCACUCUAAUGCUCGGUCUCCUCAACGGAUGCCUGGCGGUCGCGCUCGCGGCCCUCUUGAUCGGCCUCGGGGGAUCGAAGAGUGUGGCGUGGGGCGGUUUGGCGUUGGUAAAUAUCAUACGACUUGGGCAAGAUAAUAUGCUUCUUAUGAAUUGGUGGACAUCUUUCGAGUCGAACAUGGCGUCAAUGGAUCGUAUCUAUGGGUACGUUCACGCCACGCCAGAGCGCGGGCAUGCACAUGACAUGCGUCCUCCAAGCGACUGGCCAGAACGCGGCAGCAUUCGACUAGCCAACCUCUCCCUCGCAUAUAGAGAGCGUCAUAUUGUAAAGCACUUGAGCGUCAAUAUCCCCCCAAAAAGUAAGGUCGCGAUUCUAGGAAGAACGGGCAGCGGAAAAACCUCGCUCCUUCAGUCCUUCUUUGGGCUCAUACGUCGCACGAGUGGAUGUGUGCAAGUAGACGGUCUAGACCUUGCUGUCAUUGAGGGCGACGCUAUGCGGUCGCGAUUCGUGGGACACCCGCAGAACUUCAUCCCUAAUGCUGGCGGAACAGUCAGACAAAAUCUGGACUUGAACGAUACUCUGCCGGUCUCUCGCAUCGAAGAAGUGCUGACACGGCUGGCCCCGCCGCACAUGGCUACGGAGAUUAUGGCCAAGUUGGAUUCGCCAUGGAACGAGUGCAACUUUUCUAAAGGUUGGCAGCAGAUGAUUGGCAUCUGCCGUACAUUGCUUCGUCAAUCGAACAUUUACGUGCUGGAUGAACCUACAAGCGGCAUGGAUAAUGACAGUCACAACGCCGCCAUGGAAGCAAUUUUCAGCAUCUUGUCCGAUAGUACAAUAAUAGCUACCACACAUGCUUUGGCGGGUAUUGAGAAUUUUGACUAUAUUCUUGUUCUCGAGGACGGGCGGCUUGUUGAGCAGGGGUCACCAGCAGAGCUGCUUGCAUCAGAGGGCAGCAUGUUGAAUCAGCUUGCCAGCACAGAUUGA